AUGGAGAGUCAAAAAGAUGAAAGCGACGGCGCAGGUGACGCAAUUGCUACGAAUGACGCCUCUUCGUGCCGGUCCUCCAGUCCUCGGCAUCCCGUUCCCAGACUUUACCCAAACAUUGCCGAGGUCACAGAAGACAAGGAGACCACUGAAGUUAAGGAUAAGGAACCCAGUGAAACAAAGGAUAAGGAGUCCAGCGAAACUAAGUACUACCGAGUGGGUGCCUACUUCGAGUGGGUGCCCAUGAAUUUGGACGAGGAUUCCCGCACCGAGGAGUCCCACGAGCCGCCCGAGGGAGCCGUGCUGUGCGGGACCAGCAAGAAGGGAUACUCCUCGUACGUGGCUCGGGCCUACUUCUACAACGAUCGCCUGCCCGCCUCAUACGUCCCCAGGAAGAAGGUCGCCUACGCAGGGUGGAAUGGGGAGGCACACGCCUUGGCCGACGGAGUGGAGGUGCUGGUGCUGAGGGACGCCUCCCACGAGUGGGUGCCCUGUCGCAAGGGAGGCUACCCGACGGACGCCCUGCCCACCGGGUACUCGCAUCUCGGCGAGGUCACCUACACUGGUCGCGAAAUGUACGAGGGAAGCCUGCGGCUGGGCAAGGUGCACCCCUCCUACAAGAAGAUGUUCAUCACCCACCGCGGCGUGGAGGUUGGUCUCAGUGACUACGAGGUCCAGGUGGUCACUCCUCGCGAAAAGUCCCUCGAAUAA